AUCACAAUGAUCUUCCACAGCAGCGGCUCCGACCGCACAUUGCAAGUAUGGCCGGGGACAGUGAGACACAUCUAAGGGACCGGGACGAGAACACCAACAUUGUUCGACAACCCUUUCUCAUCGGUGUCUCCGGUGGCACCGCCAGCGGCAAGUCGUCUGUAUGUGAGAAGAUAAUGGAGCUGCUGGGGCAGAACAAAAUCGACCACCACCAGCGGCAGGUGGCGAUCCUCAGCCAGGACAGCUUCUACAAGGUGCUAACUCCAGAGCAGAAGGCCAAGGCAACCAAGGGCCAGUUCAAUUUUGAUCACCCAGAUGCCUUUGACAAUGAGCUGAUCAUGCAAACACUCCGACAGAUCCUGCAGGGGAAGACUGUCCAGAUCCCAGUUUAUGACUUUGUCACUCAUUCCAGGAAAGACGAGUUUGUCACGGUGUAUCCGGCUGACGUGGUCCUGUUUGAGGGAAUCCUCAUGUUCUACUCGCAGGAAAUCAGAGACCUGUUCCAGAUGAAGCUGUUUGUUGACACAGAUCCAGACACACGGCUCUCACGCCGAGUUCUAAGAGACAUCAGUGAGCGGGGUAGAGAGCUGGAGCAAGUGCUGGCUCAGUACAUCACUUUUGUAAAACCGGCCUUUGAGGAGUUCUGUUUACCAACAAAGAAGUAUGCAGAUGUGAUUAUUCCACGAGGAGCAGAUAACCUUGUGGCCAUCAACUUGAUAGUACAGCACAUCCAAGACAUUCUGAACGGUGGACCAAACAAGCGCCACAACGGCUGCAUGAACGGCCACAGCACUCCACGUCAGCGACGGACCUCCGAGUCCAGCAGCCGGCCUCAUUGACCUCAUCACACCUCUCUUCACAGAGCGGAGAGGGGUGUGGGGGUCGCGCUGUAAAUAAUGCCUGAUGGCAUCUAUGUAUUUAAAAGAGAAAAGAGAUGCAAAAAGAAUUGAAAUGCCUUUAUUAUUCUGACUCGUUAUUAGUUACUUUCAUUGUAAUCGUUGAACUUAGAUUUUGGUCAGGAGGGUAUGAGAGAAGCUCUUGUUAUUCUUGUGAAGAGACCAUGGGUUAAAAUUGACCCCAUGCAUUUCCCUCCCAGAUUGCAUUUAUGUUUUUUAUGUAUCCCCUGCUGCUCCAUGGAAAUUCAUGCCGCUAAUGAAUAAAAGAGGGGAAUCCUUUUA